CUGUGAUUCCGCUGUGGCUGGCUGGCUGAUUUGGAAACGCACAAAAUCAGAAACUUGAUAGGGGAGGGAACAAGGAUAGAAAUGAAAAAGGAAACGAAGAAGAAAAGAAGAAUAGGAAAAAGAAAGAAACACGGGUCAGGAAUUCGUCCCUCUCACAUACCCACACACGCACUGUGAGAUGGAAGCGAGACACAAACGCAGGGCACACACACGCCUGCCUGCCUCUCUCUCUCUCUCUCUCUCUCUCUCUCUCUCUCUCUCUCUCUCUCUCUCUCUCUCUCUCUCUAUGCCUAUGCCUAUGCCUAUGUGUGUGCCGCCGACCCGCGAUCAAACCGCGAUCCGCGCACGGCAAGACACCUUCCCGUUCAUCAUAGUACAACGCCUUUUUAUUCUAUUUCUUCCUGCCCACGCUAGUUACCAUCUCCCUCUCUGAGCGAGCCGCCUUUUAGAGAGGAAUUCCUCCCCUCCCCAAGUCGGAUUACCUCCUCC